CUAUUUGGUGUUGGUUGUUCAAAGCUAAUACAAUUUCCCCUCAAAAAAUAAGUACUUCAAAUUCUCAAGCACCUGGGGUUCGAAUCACAGUAUAGACUUACCAGUUUGCACCCCUUCCCUCCCUUCCUUGCCAGACAGCCUUCUGGAGAAUUCCUGCUUUCAGUUUUGUAGAUAUGGCGGCAUCAUCAAGUAGUGGACUAACCUUCAAGCUUCAUCCUCUUGUAAUUCUCAACAUCUCCGAUCAUUUCACCCGAGUCAAGUCUCAAUUGCAGCUCCCAACUCACUCCAAUGGCGGCGAACCGUCGCCUCCGCCAAGGGUUUAUGGUUGUGUGAUUGGUGUUCAGAAGGGAAGAACUGUUGAGAUCUUCAAUAGUUUUGAGCUUUUAUAUGAUUCCGCCACUCAUUCGCUUGACCGCGGUUUCCUCGAAAAGAAGCAGGAACUUUAUAAGAAGGUUUUCCCAAAUUUUUAUAUAUUGGGGUGGUAUUCAACUGGGAUUGAUGCUCAAGAAUCUGAUAUGCAUAUACAUAAAGCUCUGAUGGAUAUCAACGAAAGUCCUGUUUAUGUCCUACUCCACCCUUCCAUCAACCAUGCACAAAAGGAUCUUCCAGUGACCAUCUUUGAAAGCGAGCUGCAUGUUAUUGAUGGUCUUCCACAGUUGAUCUUUGUUCGUUCAAGCUACACUAUCGAGACAGUAGAAGCGGAAAGGAUCUCAGUUGACCAUGUUGCACAUUUAAAACCAGCUGAUGGUGGAUCUGCCGCUACCCAAUUGGCUGCUCAUUUGACUGGUAUUCACAGUGCCAUAAAGAUGCUGAAUAGCCGAGUUAAAGUGUUGCUACAGUAUCUUUCUUCUAUGCAGAAAGGUGAAAUUCCUUGUGAGAAUUCACUGUUGAGACAAGUUUCAAGCCUUCUGCGGAGAUUACCUGCUAUUGAAUCUGUGAAAUUUCAAGAUGAUUUUCUGAUGGAAUACAAUGACACUGUGCUGGUUACUUAUCUUGCCAUGUUGACCAACUGCUCAAGUUCGAUGAAUGAGCUUGUCGACAAAAUCAAUACUGCAUAUGACAGGCAUGGUAGAAGGGGAGGACGAAGUGCUUUUAUAUGAGCGCAGCAGCGUCACAGGCAUCUUUUUUACUUGGAGCCGAGUUUUUGAUUCUGAAGAAGUCUAAUUCAUUCUGAAGCUGAUUUGGGAUCAGGAUUUUUGGUGUCUAUGAUUGAAAUAUGCGGCAAUCAAAACUAGAUUGUUAGAGAAGUUAGUUAUGCUCUUUGUUACAGGAUACUUCGACGGUGCAUUUCCUAGUAAUUUUUAGGUCUCCAUUUCAGCAAGGUGGUUUCCUAAGUGCAUUGUGUCUAUGAUUAUUUUUACUGUGGUGGGCCAAUUCAUGAGUUAUUUUGUGAAUAUUGUGAUGGAAACGGGUUAAGGCAGUUAAGCAAAAUUUCAGCGAGUUCUAGUGAAAUUGGUUUGGCAUCUCAAAUUAUUCCCUUUCA